GCUGAUUGGCGGCAGCGACUGGCCCAGCCAGGACGACAAGUAGUGGGGACCGAUUGUAUCGACACCUUCUCUCUUCGGACCAGCGCUACUAACCGUACCCCUCGCCCUCUUCCCCAUCUCCAUCCCUACCCCGAGCGCCGAUGAAUCAUUUCUCCACCUUCUCUCUCCCCUCCGACCUCCAGAUCAUCUGGCCAUCCUGGGCAAACCCUCUCCUCACUCUAGAAAUCCGCCCCUCCUCCGCCCUUCCAUUCAGUUCUGCCUACGUUCGCAAGUGGUCUGAGUUCGCAACGAUUAGUGUGUGUAUGCUCACGGUGAGGUGCCACUGGUCACGCUACUAUAGCAAUCGCGAGCUAGAGCACUCUCAUGAGAUCUCGUUGGUGCUAGCGCAGCUGUGGCCGAAGGAAUCUGAUACCGAUGGUACGUUGGUGGGAUUGUUGUGUGGAGAGAUCGCCAAGGGAGGACGAGCCACGAUCGCCUACGAGCUCCUCACCUUUUUGUCGCAGCUCGUCGACGAUCUACCGACGGACAUCAUCUCCUAUAAUCCAAGCGAUCCGAAGCAGGCGGGACCUGAGACCUUGGAGAGGAAGUUGACGCCAACCAUAAUUUGGGCAAAUUGUAUGGAGGAUUAUGGACAGUAUCUGAGCGAUCACGAUCCGACGGCUUGGUGUUACUUGGACUUGGACGAGCUUGCACCAGACAACUCCGAUUUCAACGAGUUUUGGCAAGCACAUCGAGAGAACGAAGAGUUGCCAUCAGACGACGAUCCAGGUCGAAUAGCCAUCACCGGACUAUCGGAGGAGGAGCCAGAAGCCCAGUCGACUUCCAAGGAAGAAGGAGAGGCAUCAGCGCCUGAGCCCCGGGAAGCCUCGCAAGGACCGCCGCUCGCUCAAGGAGGAUCGGCCCUGAAUUCCACCGCCCCCUCGGACGCUGUUAGCCGGCACGAUGGCGCUCCAACCUCCCGUAGGCGCCGCCGCCCUCACUCACCUUCUCCGGCCGCUUCCGCCCCCUCCGCGCUUCGUCCCCGUCCUCCUCCCGGCUCAGACGUACCGUCCUCGUCCCGUCUGCCGCCGCCCCCUUGACUUCCUCCGCUUCCGACCCCUCCCCCAUCUCGAGUUUCCCCUAAACUAUC